CAGACGGCGGGGGAUGAGCCGGUAGCGGGGUGAGGAAAUGGCCCUGGGCCCGUGCAGGGCGAGGCCCGUGCCCCUGCUGCAGCUGGCGCUGCUGCUCGGCCUGCCCGGGAGCCCGGGGGGCAGAGGGUGUCUCUCUCCGCCCUGCCAGUGCCACCAGGAGGACGACUUCAGAGUCACCUGCAAGGACAUCCACCGCAUCCCCAGCCUACCGCCCGGCACGCAGACCCUGAAGUUUAUAGAGACUCAUCUGAAAACCAUUCCCAGUCAUGCCUUUUCAAAUCUGCCCAAUAUUUCCAGGAUCUACUUAUCAAUAGAUACAACUCUGCAGCGGCUGGAAUCACAUGCCUUCUACAAUCUGAGUAAAAUGACGCACAUAGAGAUUCGGAAUACCAGGAGCUUGACCUACAUCGACCCCGGAGCCCUGCGGGAGCUGCCCCUGCUGAAGUUCCUUGGCAUUUUCAACACUGGGCUUAAAAUAUUCCCUGACCUGACCACAGUGUACUCCACUGAUGUGUUCUUCAUACUGGAAAUUACAGACAACCCCUACAUGACUUCCAUCCCUGCCAAUGCUUUCCAGGGACUGUGCAAUGAAACCUUGACACUGAAACUGUACAACAAUGGCUUUACUUCAAUCCAAAGACAUGCUUUCAAUGGGACAAAGCUGGAUGCUGUUUACCUGAACAAGAACAAAUACCUGACAGUUAUUGACAAAGACGCAUUUGGAGGAGCACACAGUGGGCCAACCUUGCUGGAUGUCUCUUAUACCAGUGUCACUACCCUGCCAUCCAAAGGCCUGGAGCACCUCAGGGAAUUGAUAGCAAGAAACACAUGGACUCUAAAGAAACUUCCAAUUUCCUUGAGUUUCCUCCACCUCACACGGGCUGACCUUUCUUAUCCAAGCCACUGCUGUGCUUUUAAGAAUCAGAAGAAAAUCAGAGGAAUCCUUGAGUCUUUGAUGUGUAACGAGAGCAGCAUUCGGAGCCUGCGCCAGAGAAGAUCUGUGAAUGCUUUGAAUGGUCCCUUCUACCAGGAAUAUGAAGAGGAUCCGGGUGACCACAGCACCGGGUACAAGGAAAACUCCAAGGGCCCGGACACCCACUCUCAUUAUUACGUCUUCUUUGAAGAACAGGAAGAUGAGAUCAUUGGGUUUGGCCAGAAGCUCAAAAACCCACAGGAAGAGACCCUCCAGGCCUUUGAUAACCAUUAUGACUACACGGUGUGUGGGGGCAAUGAGGACAUGGUGUGCACCCCCAAGUCAGAUGAGUUCAACCCCUGUGAAGACAUAAUGGGCUACAAGUUCCUGAGGGUGGUGGUGUGGUUUGUGAGCCUGCUGGCCCUCUUGGGCAAUGUCUUUGUCCUGGCCAUCCUCCUCACCAGCCACUACAAGCUGACCGUCCCGCGCUUUCUCAUGUGCAACCUGGCCUUCGCGGACUUCUGCAUGGGCAUGUACCUACUGCUCAUUGCCUCCGUGGACCUCUACACCCAUUCGGAGUACUACAACCACGCCAUCGACUGGCAGACGGGCCCCGGGUGCAACACGGCUGGAUUCUUCACGGUCUUCGCGAGCGAGCUGUCGGUGUACACGCUGACGGUGAUCACCCUGGAGCGCUGGUACGCCAUCACCUUCGCCAUGCGCCUGGACCGGAAAAUCCGCCUCAGGCACGCGUGCGCCAUCAUGGCCGGGGGCUGGCUCUGCUGCUUCCUGCUCGCCCUGCUCCCCUUGGUGGGCAUAAGCAGCUAUGCCAAGGUCAGCAUCUGCCUGCCCAUGGACACCGACACCCCUCUUGCCCUGGCCUAUAUAAUCCUCGUCUUGCUGCUCAACAUAGUCGCCUUCAUCAUCGUCUGCUUCUGUUACGUGAAGAUCUACAUCACAGUCCGAAACCCCCAGUACAACCCAGGGGACAAAGACACCAAAAUUGCCAAGAGGAUGGCUGUGCUGAUCUUCACUGACUUCAUGUGCAUGGCCCCCAUCUCGUUUUAUACUCUGUCAGCUCUUAUGAACAAGCCUCUUAUCACUGUUACCAACUCCAAAAUCUUGCUGGUUCUCUUCUAUCCACUUAACUCCUGCGCCAAUCCAUUUCUCUAUGCCAUUUUCACCAAGACCUUCCAGCGGGACGUAUUUAUCCUGCUCAGCAAGUUUGGCAUCUGUAAGCGCCAGGCUCAGGCGUACAGGGGCCAGAGGGUUUCUCCAAAGAACAGGACUGAUAUUCAGGUCCAAAAGGUCACCCCAGACACAAGGCCAAAUCUCCCCAACAUACAGGAAGACUAUGAACUGCUUGAAAACUCCCAUCUAACCCCAAAUAAGCAGAACCACAUCUCAAAAGAGUAUAAGCAAACGGUUUUGUAAGCUGGCCCUAUACUACUCACAGUGGGAGGGCGACUUAUAAAAGGCUGGUUUCUUGAACAUGCAUUUCAACCCCUUGACACACAAGCCAGCUUACCUAACUCUUGUGCAGGAGACAUUUCAUGGGGCAAGAGUUCAUCUCCCGAGAGGAACUAGCAUUAAACUAAUCAUCAGCCCCACCUCCCAAGAAGGAAGAGAGCCUACCAGCAUGUCUGAACCCCCGGUGACAUCAAAGUCAUCUAUACUUUCUGGAAGGCUUACUUGAUGCUAAGUGCAGAGAUGACAUUGUGUAAGAUGCUCCACAAACAUCAGCUCCACAACACUGAGCUUCUCACUUUUACAUAGCAUUUCAUACUGAAGGUUCAGCAAAUGGCAAAUGGGAAAGGAUUAAUUUGGUUAGAGGUCACAAAAUAAAAUCAGCCACAUGUUGGCUCAGUCCAACUUCAUGUUUCCUGAUAUAACCAGAGAGUUUGAGUUCCUUGAAAGUGAGAAGUCACACAGAACAUCACAGAAGGAAUGGUUAUUGGGAGACAUGAAGGAGGGGGAAGGCUUAGCUUUGAGUUGUUUUUUCAGGCUCUGAAACUAUUAGUCAUCUCUUCACAAGGACCUACCUGAUGUGACCCAACUGUUAUGUGUUGCCCAGAAAAACUGGCAGGGUUUCAGCUUAUGUAGCCAAGCAAAUUAAGAAUUGCGCAUCUUGGCUACUCUCAUAGCCUAAAAGACGUGAACUCAAGAAAUAUUUCUAAGUAGCAACAAGUGGGAAUUAUGAGCAGAGCACACUAAAUCACCCAUUGCUUAAUAAAGCAGGCUGGAUACCAGGUAGCUGUUGAACCUUGGGCAAAUCCCUGGGCCUCAGAAGUCUGUAGAAAUUAAGGAGCUUGAUGGCUUUGUCCAGUUUGAAAACUCUAUGUACAUCUUUUUCCCUUAAAACAUAUGUUUCUAUGACAAAGAGAAAGGCAAGUAUUAGAAGACGAUUCUGUUUCUACUAUCUUGUUGGGCUGCCAUCUUUUCUCUUUGGAGCCUAGACAUAUGACCCAGAAAAUGUUUUGUUUCAUUUUUGUUUGUGAUAUCUAUACCAAAAAUUCUAUUGAGUGACCAUACUGGGCUGGAUCUGAAUUGUUCAUCUAAUUACUAGACCUACACAGCUAUAAUUAUCAGGCCAAGAACAGAUUGGCCUUCGUAUAAUAGAAUAAAAGAGAGUUUUGCAAAUUUUGGUUAUUUAGAGUUACUGUUUCACUGUAGAGAUUCACUUGAAAAUAUUUAACUUGUCUUCAGAGAUUGGUUUCUUUACUUAGCUGUUUCCAACCCACGAUACAAUACUAAAGCUAUCAAGAGAGGUUUCUUCUCUCAGAAACUACCAGCUCUCUCCCAACCUUGUUGAUCACUGGACAUAAAAUUCUAUUCCCCAACAGUGUUCCCUUACUUAAUGUAGUCAGGAUCUUCAUCUAGAGGUGUACUCUCCAAGUUAUCUGUCAACACAGCCCCUUCAUUUCUUCCCAAGCAGAGAUGGCAUUUGGUUCUCCGUGCUCAUGAACCACCCAUGAAUUAAAAUCACACCAUGAAUUAAAAGCUUUUGUUGUUUUAAGUCUGUGGAAUACAAUCAGUGGGCCCAGUGGACCCCCAGAGGUGAUCCUCUGAUUCACCUGGAAUCUCUCCAGAGCCAUACCCAUUUCUGAUCACUCCUGAGACUUGGAUAUUUUAAUAGAAAUAUUACACACACAUAAAAUCAUGACUUACCAGUUCACUUGUAACUAGUGAAAUUAGACAAAUGUGUUUUUUGGCAAAUGGUUUCUCACCUGUGACAUUUUGAAAUAUUAUAUCCUGAUAAACCAUAUGUUUUAUCUUGAGUAGUUGAAAUAAUGCUUUGAUAACAGUCCUAGAAAAGUAACUUCAACAGAAUUGUUAUUAAAAUUUGCGUUCACAACAUGAAAUAAAUUUUCUUCGUAGGAGAUGACUGUGUUGGGUCCUAGAGUAUUGAUUUUCAUAAUUUGUGAGCUUCUUUCAGGGUCACCUUUUUAUGUGUUAAAACUAAAAACAGGAGGCCCUGGCCAGGUGGCUCAGU